AUGCAAAAGCAAAAAUUUAUCACAAAAGUUAUGUUUCUAGCGGUGGUAGCAAGACCGAGAUUUGAUUCAUCGGGCAACGAAGUUUUUUCGGGAAAAAUAGAUAUCUAUCCAUUUACAACAUUGGAACCCGCUAAACGUUCAAGCAAAAACCGUGUUGCAGGAACAUUGGAGACAAAGCCUAUUCUAUCGGUGAACAAAGAUGUAACAAAAUCAUGGUUGAUAGAAAAAGUUCUACCGGAUAUUAGAGCUAAAUGGCCGCAAGGUCAUACGGGUCCCAUAUUUAUUCAACAAGACAACGCAAAGCCCCAUGUUGAUGUUAAUGAUAGCGAGUUUCUUGAAGCGGCAUCUCGAGAUGGGUUUGAUAUUCGACUUUGUUUUCAACCCCCAAAUAUCCCGGAUUUGAAUGUGUUAGACUUUGGAUUUUUUCGGGCAAUACAAUCACUUCAAGAACAAGAGGCUUUGCAUACAAUUGAUGAAUUGGUUGAUGCGGUUCAAACAUCUUUUGAAAGAAUGCAAUCACAACAACUUAACAAUGUUUUUUUAACUCUACAAACAUGCAUGAAAGAGAUCAUGAAGGUUGGAGAGGUGGCAACAAUUAUCAUGUACCACAUAUUGGUAAAAAUAGGUUAG